CCUCCGGCCGCCGACAUGGUAGGUACAUCCUUCCGUCCCUCUUCCCCGGGCUGGGCGAGGGCGAGGGCGAGGGCGAGGGCGCCGGGCUCUGCCCCGUCGUGCCCCGGCCCUCCGCCCCCGGGCGCCGGCGGGCUCUGCUGGCCGCGGACCCGAGGUCCCCGGGCGCCCGGGCGGAGGAGCGGGGCCGCGUGGGCUGAGCGGGCGGGUGGCCGGCGGGGCCGCCCAGACCCGGACCCCGACCGCCUCUCUCCGCAGCCAUCCAGGCUCAGGAAGACCCGCAAGCUCCGGGGCCACGUGAGCCACGGCCACGGCCGCAUCGGCAAGCACCGCAAGCACCCGGGAGGCCGCGGCAACGCAGGCGGCAUGCACCACCACAGGAUCAACUUCGACAAAUACCACCCCGGCUACUUCGGGAAGGUGGGCAUGCGCCAUUACCACCUGAAGCGCAACCAGAGCUUCUGCCCGACCGUCAACCUGGACAAGCUGUGGACCCUGGUCAGCGAGCAGACGCGCGUCAACGCGGCCAAGAACCCGGCGGGGGCCGCCCCCAUCAUCGACGUGGUGCGGUCGGGCUACUACAAGGUCCUGGGCAAGGGCAAGCUCCCCAAGCAGCCGGUCAUCGUGAAGGCCAAGUUCUUCAGCAGGAGAGCCGAGGAGAAGAUCAAGGGGGUCGGCGGGGCCUGUGUCCUGGUGGCCUGAGGCUGCAGGGAAGGUCCAUUAAAGCCGUGACCCGA